AUGGAAGGCAAUAUGAGCGCUUAUAUGCCUAACUCUUACAACCCAAUUGACAAUUCAUUGAUGACGCAGUGCAAUGGUGGCCAAACGAAUCUCACAAACGGUCCUGAUUAUGCCGCAGUUCGGCAAAUGACAAACUAUCAUGCUUAUAGUCCAUACGGGGCUCAGCCCACCUACCCACGUUUCCCACCUUACGAUCGUUUGGAGGUACGGCCCAUUAACUCACAACAAAACCCAGACUAUUAUCAACGUCAUUCAACAAGUCUACCGAACGACAACAAUAACUGUUCCGAUUACUCCAACCUUCAACAGUAUUCCUCCUACAAACAGCACAUAACAGGCCCUCGAUUUAUCGAGAAAGACUGCAGCCCCCCUGAUCUCACACAUCCCGACUCCCCUGACCAUUCCCCUCAUGGUUCAGAUGGGUUCGGGGGAGGGGAGAACCCCGGAGAAGAUGAUAAAGAAGAUGAUUCCACACCAGUCCCAAUGUAUCCGUGGAUGAGAAGUCAAUAUGGUCCCAACAGAAAACGUGGUCGACAGACUUAUACACGAUACCAAACAUUAGAAUUAGAAAAAGAGUUCCAUUUUAACCGAUACCUUACCCGAAGGCGUAGAAUAGAAAUCGCGCAUGCGCUUUGUCUGACGGAAAGACAAAUCAAAAUUUGGUUUCAAAAUAGACGAAUGAAGUGGAAGAAAGAAUCAAAACCAGAUGGAGGAAGUGACGAAAUAGAGGAUGAAAAGGAGAAAUAAAAUAAACAAAACCAUGAAAUCAAAUGUUAUUUAAACAAUCAAUUUUCUGAUCAAAUGGCGCAGAAACAAUCAAUCACGUCAUCAAGGUGGUGACGCUGCUAUUUGACUGAAAGUAAAUUGACAUUCAUAGACUCAGAGACUGUGCUAAAAUGUCAAUAAACCAAAGAUUUUGUCUCAAGCCAAAGCUGUGUAUACAUUUUUACCAUUGAAAUGCUCGAGAUAGGGUAAACUCGGUCCUAAGGGUAAUUUGAUUAAACGGUAUGAUGCUUAAUCACGUAUCAUACAUAUUAUUAUUAUAAACAUUAAACGUUUUGUCUCGUUGAACUAUAGUAUUAAAUGUGUAAUGUGUUAUGUUCUGUAUGUGCUACCGUACAAUAUUAUAUUAAGAUGUUUGUAAAUUCAUGUAGAUUUGUGUUUGUAUGCUCUGUGACAUGUAGAAACGUGUCCAGAUUUCGUAAUACCUAGAGUAGUGCCGAGCUGUCUAUAAUGGUUUAUGAAUCAUCUGUAAGAUAACAUGAGUAAGUUUACCUGGCGUCAUAAAUGUGGCUAGAAUCCAUUCUUCUAUUCUUUUUUCGUUUGUUAUGAUUACCCAUUAGUUUAAAUACUAAGUGCUAGAUAUUUAAUAGAUAUGUUCAUACCCUAAUCUCGUCAAGAUAUCUAGUGAUUCCAUUGUAUAUUCUAGUAUAUAUAUAUAGCCCUCAUAUGGCAAUUUGUAUGGUAACGGUCCCGUUUCUCUUUGCUUUGAGGGAACAAGGUGGAAUCAUCGGGGUUACCUCCUCUUGGGACAAUACGUAUUUAGAACACACGUCACUCGUAUGAGUAAUGGAAAGUAAAAAAAAAAUAUUUAACCUAUAUCAAUUAUCCACGUACUUUAUAUUGGAUUGAUCACACUGUGGUUGGGGAACAGAAAUGUGAAAAUAAAAUGUUUAACACAAAUUUUGUAAAUUUUAAUAUUCUAAAUAUUUACAAUAAACUUUGAUAAAUCCGCAUCUAAUUCGUACAGCAGACCCUAAAAAAGAAAAUGGUGAUGCACAUUUGCAGGAUGUAUGUAAUAGACUUUCCUUGUACAUUUAAUUGUGAAUGUGAAUGAUUACAAGGACUUCCUUUCAGAUAGUGCUAAAUACGAGAAUUCCUUUUAAAAUGUCAACUUAAAUUAAUUUUAUUUUGUAAAUUGUAUCUCCUUUUUCACUUGUAUCUUUCUAAGAUUUAUUUAUGAACGUCUUAAAUUAUUUUGUGUUAUCUAUGCAGGUAAAUUUAUGAUAUAUAUGCAUUUUUAAAACGGCGAAAUACUCAGUAAAAAAUGAAUUAUUACAUCUACUCGUUUACAAUGACGUAUGUACACAACAGUUGGUGACGUCGAUGAGAGUUCCGACGCCCAGUGGAAUUAGAUUUAUUAUACAAAUCGCCGCUGGAUUACUGGUGUUCAAGAUACCAGGAUUGCCCCGGUAGUGUCUUGAAAACGAACAUCAAACGAACAUCAGUUCUAAUAAGUCUACUUUAUUUAAUUUCUGAGGGAGAAUGCCGAACCUUAAAAUAUCAUCUAAUGUUGUUGCCUUUUAGGGAUUAAAUCUUUAAAAGUUUAAUUUCUGAGGGAGAAUGGCGACCCUUAAAAUAUCAUCUAAUGUUGUUUUCUUUUAGGGUUUAAAUCUUUAAAAGUUUUAAGAUUUUAUCCACCGUUUUCAUUUUUGCCCCAUAAAUAAAUGGAAGGCAUUUUGUUGGUUUCAGUCUUCAUUCCAGUUCUAGAAUUAUACCUUAUCUAUAUUUGACAUAAACUGGAAAACCAUCAUAACCCUGUAUUAUUUCGUUUGUUCACAAAAUGAAAAACCAAUCAUUGAAGAGACAUUUCCCUAAUACCUAAAUUAAAGGAUAUAUUGAAAAUUAGAAUAGUUUUAGAUCAUAUAGUUGUUAAUUUAUAUAUUGUACAUAUAGUUGUAGAAUGUGUUGAUCAAAACUCCAAAAUGUGUCAAUUUCAUCGCAUUUGUUUUACCAUUGCUGUAAAAAUCCACAAUAAACUAAUUGUAUCAUGUAAAAUCGAUCAAAUAAAGCAUAAAUCAAACUCUUUUGAA